CUCUUGCGCUCUCUUCAGAUUUAGACAUGGCUCGAGAGCCCAGCCCCGGCCCUGUCCGGCCAGGCCAGAAGAGGCAGUGGGACACAGUCACCUCCUGCAGCAGUAACUGUGACCUGGACUACAAGCUGUACCAGGAAGAUGUUCCCCACAGGGUGUAUGAAUACCAGUGGGUCCCUCCACUCAUCAACCACGUGCCUGUCAAGAUCGGGAGGACCCACAAAGGAAUGGGGGUCAAGAGAAGCUUCAGUUCCCACAAGGCCCCCAGGAAGAGCCACGUGCCCCAAGGACACAAAAGCAGCGAGCGAAGGGGUGCAGCCCUCAUCCGCAUGGCUAGGGAGGGGCUGGGCCUCAAGGGCCUGGUGGAAAGCCCAGCUCCAGGCCCCCUAGCGGCAGGCCAGCCAGAGGCAUUGCACUCUAUUAGGGGGGAGCUGAGCCGGAUCAAAGCCCAGGUGGACCGCCUGCUGGAGCGCCUGGAGCACAUGGACCAGCUGCCAGGAACAGAGGAUGGUGAAGACAACAGGGGCCCUGGGGUUAAGGGUUCCUCGCACAGCACCACUGAACCCCAGCAAGAGCCCAGGGGCUGCAGAGCCCAUCAAGAGGCAGGCAGCCCCCAGGACAGCAGGGACCCGGAGGAAGCUUGGCUGGUCAGCUGGGCCACUUGUGGGCUGAAAUCCCAUCUCCUCCUAGAAGAGGGGCACAGGCUUUGAGUAUUGUAGAGGAAGUGUUGCAGGUAUGCCUCACAGACCUGUCCUCUUGCCUUAGAACCACCUGGUAAGCUUGUUAAAACCCCAGCAUCUGCCCUUUUCCUGCGCCUGUCCCCCACUUGCUGCUCCAUCUAGGCUGUCUAGCAUGCUCGCCAGGAAAGCUGUGGAAAAAUACCUUCCUGGACGGAGAGUAUCCCAACCUGAUCUGGUAACAGCUCUCAGUGCAGCAUUCAAGAGCCCAAAUGUACCCUGCCCUAUCGUGUCCUCCUCCGCACUGGUGGUCCCAUGUGGGGAGCUGGGCCUACCCCCACUGCCACUUGGGCCACCUCAGUGAGCCUGGGCCCCGGGGGAGCUGGCAGUGCAGAGCUUCCCCGCUUCUCUGCCUCCACCUGCUGACUUGACCCCUGGCCUGCUGGGCUCCUGAGGGCCCCUUCCCCCUGCCCAGGCCUGAGGCACAUCUGGGAAGGCUGGACUAGAUGGAGAGAAUGCUUUUUCUCUGGUGAUUCUGGGACCCCAAGUCUCAGGAAGAACCUGGAGUAGCACUGAGCUGCCACAGCUGCCCAGAGUGGCAGGGGUGGGGAAGCCUGGGCUCUGCCAGCAGAGGGCACUCCCACCCUGCCUCUGCUUCUGUUUGUCCUACAGGUGAAGAAUCGUGCCUGGGACCAGGAGAGCAGCCAGUAGGUUAUCCCCCCGCUCCAAGCUCAUCUGCUCCAGGCACCGAGGCAGCAACCUUCCUUGCUCUCUGUGGGUUUUUAAGGCCUCCCAGUGGCACCCGUGUGACUGGAGGUAGCUAUUCUGAAGUGAGGACCGUGACGUGGAGGCACGGCUCAGCCAGACCAGCUGGGAAGCCUCCCCAUAAUGGUGGCUGUGGAGGUCAGAUCCAGACAACAGUCCGGGAGCUAGCAGGCGCAAUGCAGAGCAGCUGCCCAGGGCCCCUGGGAGCACCGUCAGCCCCCUCCGACUGCAGGUACUGCUCAGAUGCGCCCCCCUCGAGGCCCCACCAAUCCUCUCAGGGUUGGGGCCUUCAGGGCAGUGGGCGCAGACAGCUUUCUCCAGCCUCAGUGGUGUACAGGGAAAACCUGCCCGUGCUCCUUCCUCUGAAACCGAGCUUUAAGGUCCUCAGCCCGUGCCCCACAUAACACCUUCUGGUUCCAAAUACCCCAUCUACCCUACAAAUCCAUCCUUCAGAAUAAUGGUAUCAUUUUUAUGUCCUGUUUCUAUCUUGUCUCUUGCUGGUGUGAUAUUUUAUAUUUCAGUCUGCUCUGGAAAUAUGCAUGUCAGA